GGGGGGGGGGGGCGCGCCGCCUGUUGGUCAGGUGACGGCCACCGAAGAUGGCUGCGCGCUCGAGAGCUGCGGCUCCUCCCAGACCACGUGACGAGGGAGGUCCCAGCGAGUGACAGCGCCGGGGUCAGGCCAGCCGCCCAAGAGCCCGGCACUCGCUGGUCGGAGAUGCUGCGGAACGGAGCUGCCGGGGCCUCCUCCCCUUCUGGCAAAGGCGCCAACCGGCCCGUGCGCGUGUGGUGCGACGGAUGGUGAGCGCUUGGGUGGGUGGGCGGGGGAGGCAGCCAAGCCCGUUUCCGAGGGGGACGGGACGGGGCCCACCUGCAGCAGCAGCAGCAGCAGCAGCAGAAGAGACGCUUCCCCGGGUAUUUCUAUGGCAACCGCUCGCUUUGCCGCGGUUGCCGCCGUGGCUCCGAAGCGGCUGCCCCUUGUCCCCAUAGCAACGCCCGUCCGCGCUGCUUUCGGCUGGGCUGCGCUCGCGUCCGCGACGGCGGCGCUCCUGUCACCCGCCGUGGGGCAUUUCCACGGCAGGUGGCUUCUCGGGUGGCGCUUUCUGUGCGCCGCUGCCAAAGCCCCUCCGGGGGACGCGGGUAGCGCGGGAUCCAGAGCAGGAGGCUGCUGCUGCUGCUGUCCUGCGCGCUUAGCGGAGGGAGUCCAUAAGCUCGGUGGGGCGGGCAGGCUUGCUUCCGGGUAGAGCAGGCGCCGAAUCGCGUCGUGCGUCCGCUCGCGGGGAGAACGCGCGUUGUGUGUGUCGUGUGUGUGUGCCGCAUGCACGUGGAGGGAGGGCUUCCUGCAUCAUGCUCGCCUGGUACCGAAGCUGCUGCCCGUUAACAGGGCAGGCUCCGACCUUCUUGUUUGCUUUUCUCUCUUGGCGGACACUCUUUGGCUCCCCCUUCUCUGCGUUUCGACGGGGCUUCUGUCUCUACGGUACCCGCUGCUAGCGCAGGGUUUGCAACGGGUUGCUCUGAAUGUGGGUGGAAGAGAUCGGCGGGCCAGUUCGCAUCAGCUGAGCGCUCGCGGUUGGAGAGCGCCAAUGGCAGAGCCCCGGCUCUUGGCUGCGAUCCCGCUGGUAAGUGGGCAGCGAAGCUUCUGUGGGUGGCGCCAUCGCUCCUGAUUGGCUCGAUCCCGAAGCUGGCUGGUUCCUGUGGCCCUACGAAACUUAUCCUAUUGAAGGGACUGGAUGUUCUCGUCUCGGGGUUACGUAGCAGGGACUUUGGAGCUUGAAUACGGUUGUAAACAUAAAUUUCCACGUUGAGACGCGCUUUUGGAUUAUCCUGUGCCCUGAAUUCCCCUCGUUCUGAGAGGUGUGUACGGUUCAUGGCUGCAAAAUGAUGUUUGCUCAUAGCUAUCUUUUGACUACCCUAUGGCCUAAAUUGUACCUUCUAGUCAUGGGUUGGGUUUAUUGGGCCUCAAUGAAAUUUCCCCCUUGGCCUGUUCACCGUGAUUGUAAAUGGGCCAGGAGAUUGUAACUGGCAUAAACGUCACCUCAGCAGGAAAUGAUACAAAGUCACACUGCUCUCUACAAAGUUCUGAUAUGCCAAAUAGCCCACCCUUAUUAUUGCCUCCUUUGGUCACCACCUGGUGUGGGAAGUCAAGUGCAUUAACUUUUGAGUUCAGUAUCUCCCCUGUUAUCCUUGUCUCCCCAACUUGGUGCUGCAGGGAGGGUUCUGGAGCAAUUUAUAAAGUGCUACCUGUUUGCCUCUCCCUUUCCUUACUGUCACCCCCCCCGUCUGUCUAUUAGCUUCUAAACCAUGGGUAAGGUAAAGGUAAAGGGACCCCUGACCAUUAGGUCCAGUCGUGACCGACUCUGGGGUUGCAGCGCUCAUCUCGCUUUAUUGGCCGAGGGAGCCGGCGUACAGCUUCCGGGUCAUGUGGCCAGCAUGACUAAGCCGCUUCUGGUGAACCAGAGCAAAGCAGGAAACACUGUUUACCUUCCCGCUGGAGCGGUACCUAUUUAUCUACUUGCACUUUGACGUGCUUUCGAACUGCUAGGUUGGCAGGAGCAGGGACCGAGCAACGGGAGCUCACCCCAUCGUGGGGAUUCGAACCGCCGACCUUCUGAUCAGCAAGUCUAGGCUCUGUGGUUUAACCCACAGCGCCACCCAUGUCCUAAACCAUGGGUAGGACCUGUCUGUUGUACUAUUUUUGUAUACUGCUUAGAUGUAGGUUCUCUAUCAUAGAAUCACAGAAUCUUAGACUCUUAGAGUUGGAAGGGACCCAAGGGUCAUCUAGUCCAACCUCCUGCAAUGCAGGAAUCCCAGCUAAAGCAUCCAUGAUAGAUGGCCAUCCAACCUCUGCUUAAAAACCUCCAAGGAAGGAGAGUCCACCACCUCUUGUGGGAGUCUGUUCCACUGCCGAACAGCUCUUACUGUCAGAAAGUUUUUCUGAAUGUUAAAUCGGAAUCUCCUUUCACGUAACUUGAAGCCAUUGGUUCAAGUCCUACCCUCCAGAGCAGGAGAAAACAAGCUUGCUCCAUCUUUCAUGUGAAAGCCCUUAAGAUAUUUGAAUAUGGCUAUCAUAUCUCCUCUCAGUCUCCUCUUUUCCAGGCUAAACAUACCCAGCUCCUUCAAGUGCUCCUUGUAAGGCCUAGUUUCCAGACCCUUCGAUAAUCUUGGUUGCCCCCCACUGCACAUGUUCCAGCUUGUCAACAUCCUUCUUAAGUUGUGGUGUCCAGAAUUGAACACAGUAUUCCAGGUGUGGUCUGACCAAGGCAGAACAGAGUGGUACUAUUACUUUCCUUGAUCUAGACACCAUACGUCUGUUAAUGCGACCUAGAAUAGGCUUUUUUUUUGCUGCUACAUCACACUGUUGAUUCAUGUUAAACUUGUGGUCCACCAAGACCCCUAGGUCCUUUUCACAUGUACUGCUAGUAAGCCAGAUGUCCCCUAUCUUAUAUUUGUACAUCUGGUUCUUUCUCCUAAGUGCAGAACCUUGCAUUUGUCCCUAUUAAAAUUUAUUUUGUUAGCCCAGGCCCAGUUCUCCGAUCUGUUAGGGUCAUUUUGAAUUCUGAUUCUGUCUUCUGUGUCAUUAGCUACCCCCCCCCCUCCACAAGGCAGCUAUCCCACUUUUUCUCCCUCUCAGCAACUGUGUAAAUUAAGUUAGGUCAACCCUCCAAGAAGAAAUAUAAGACGGGCAGAUGAGUGAUUGAUGGAAGGAAGUUCUGAGGUAGAGAGAAACAGCUGGAUGUCCUCUUAGUGUAUAGGUGAUACUGAAUUCAUGAGAUUUAAUGAGGUCACCUGGGGACAGUGUGUAGAAAGAAUAGUAGAGGCUCAAAAACAUAUCUUCAAGGGAGAGAAGGAAAGGUUCUACUCACAGAAACAUUCAAAGAUUGUUUAGACAGGUAGGAGAAUCACUGGACAGUCACAAAGGAAGUCAAGUAAUAGAAAGUAAUUAAGUGCAUCGAAGGUGACAGGUCAAGAAAGAUGAGAAAUGAGUAGAAGCCUUUGGGUUUAACUUUCUGUGCUGAGGGUGUUUUCAGCGGAAAACAGAGGGGUUCCACUCUCCUUUUGGGGUUCAGGAGAGGAAUUGGAGUAGAGAGCCAAUAUAGUGGAGUUAAGCAGCACCAGGGAGUUUAGAUGCAAUGGGCAGAAACUACAUUUGGGGGUGGUUGAGGAGGGAUCAAACUCUUGGGGAGAGAUUGAUUAACAAAUAGUUUACUGUGCUUUCUGUGCUUACUCCGGCAUUCAGAAAUAUUUGUGUAUGCAGUCAUAAUUAAUGCAAGAUUCCUUGCCAUCUGGUUUGCAGUUUGUUCAUAGCAUUCUGCUUUAAGAAGUGGGACUAAAAUUUCCUGCAUAAUCUGAGUGGGAGGGUGCAUUCCAUGUGAGAGCAGGCAAGGUCAGUUUUCAUUAAGAGUCUCAAUUGCCUUGUUAGCAAUAGAUAUUAUCUGGUAUUACAGCAGUCUAAUAUUUUAAUAGUACGAUAAGCCUUGAGAAGGAAUUCCAUGGGGGAACAGCAUGUCCUUAUUGAAAUGGAGUAAGCCUAGGACCUUAAGGGAAGGUCCCAGGAAUAUUUCCAGUGACUGAGCAAAGGGUUUAUGUUACCAGGAAAUUCUUUGGAGCUGUGGGGCACAAUGAGUCCAACAUCUUGCAUGCGAUCUCUUCUCUUGGUGUGUUCUGAAGCGUAGAAGCUGCUUGUAUCAAUUACCUCCGUGACUCCAAUGAGGGUUACCAAGGAAGGGGGCAAAUGGCACCUGGAACCCUUCCAGGUGUUGUCAUGGUAACUAGGUUUGAAGCCAUGUGGCUUCUGGAAGAUAACCCCUGGGACUGCUGGCACCAAGACACAUUCUAAAUUGCAAAAUCAUAACUAAGAGCCCUAUUAGUAACUGCUUGCCUUUAGUCUAAUUAUGUAGUUGCUACCUUCUGGACCAGAGUUAGAUUAAACCUGAAGAAUUCAUGCUCUCCUCAGGCUUUGCUGUCUUUUUCAUUCAUUUGUAACCCAUAUUAGCAUAAUUUUGCUCUCAUUACACCUUUGAUUUUCUCCAAGUUAUAAGCAAAAGUGGUCUAUGAAUGCUUUCCUGUGUCAUUUUAGCAAAACAUGUGUGACCAUCGCUGCCCUCACAGGCCUCCCUCUCUAUUGAAAAUGGUAACUGAAGGCAGGCAAACCCUUCACCUUAUUGCCAGUUAUCUGUCCAGAUUGGAGAUUCCUGCAAUAUUAAAAUCAAGUUGGGAUUUUCCACUUGUGGUUGUCUUCAGGAUGAAUAAUUUAAUCAUGCACAUUUGUGGUUUUCCAUUCAUCAAGCAAUACAGUGGGUCUCUCAGUGCAGAUGAUGUAACAAUGAGCAAAAAUGAGAUGCAGAGAUAUGAGCAGAUCUGUGUUUAACAGAAGAGCAUAAAUGUAACUAGGACUAAAAUCUUUUGCUGCUUGUGAGCACCUUUCCAUCAUCAGUAACUGGUAUUAGUAGUAUAGCUGGCUGAAAUGAUGUAUUGACUGGUGUACUAUGAGCGUUACAAGAGGAGAGUCUUGUGAUAACAGUCAGUACCAGGGCAAGUUCUUCACAAAAGCCCCUUUGUCUUUUCUAUUCUUUUUCGUAGCUAUGAUAUGGUGCAUUAUGGGCACUCCAACCAGCUGCGGCAAGCUCGUGCGAUGGGUGAUUAUCUGAUCGUAGGAGUCCACACAGAUGGUAAGGAAACUGGCCCACUUUUCUCCUUGUUACAGAAGCACCCCUGGAAAGAAACCCAGAAAGUGAAAUUGUGAGCAGCAAAUUCCUUUCAGUCAGAAUAUGUAACAAUAUGGCUAGAUUCUCCCCCUACCAUCUGCAUGAUUUCACAGUCCACAAUUUGGGGGUUGCUAGCCUGAUGCCACUGAGAUGCUCACAGCCUAAGCAUGACAGUAGUGUUGAUUUUCUCCAGCAUCCAGUAGUCAGAGGUGUAUUGCGAGAGAGGAGAGGGAUGAAUUACUGCCUUUCUGUCCGCUUAAAGCCAUGUCUAGCCUUUUGAGACUUCACCUUCUACUGCCCAUAUUUUUCCAAAGUUUAUUCUGAACUGAUUAGGACUAGGAACUCUUUAGGAUGUGAGAUGCCAGUUUGCUUAGGAAACGUAUGGACCUGUUGAACACACGCAGACCUGGUAUUAACAAACUUCUCUCUCUCUGUCUGUCUUAAAUCUCAGAGGAGAUCUCCAAGCAUAAAGGACCCCCUGUCUUCACUCAAGAGGAGAGAUACAAAAUGGUGAAGGCCAUCAAGUGGGUGGACGAGAUUGUACCAGGAGCUCCUUAUGUCACAACCUUGGAAACGCUGGAUAAAUACAACUGUGACUUCUGUGUACAUGGGAGUGAGUACCUGAUACUCUUCUAGCUGGUUAUCUGUGAAUGAUCGGCCCAGUUGCAUCUAACUGUGGCUCUCAGGCUAAAAUAAAUGGUUUUCUGUCUUUGCCAGUAAAUCUCAAGCUCAUUCACUAUCCUGGACUUUAUCCAUUCCGCAGCAUAGACUAAAGCCAUAGAGGUGUGCUCCAAAAAGCAGUAGGGUGCUUUUGGGAACAGAAAUAAAACGGAGACCAAUACCGUCUGCAGAACAACACUCAAGUUAUCUAAAAUUACUACAUCCGUGUUCCCAAAGGAUUCUGUUUGAUCCACAGUGCUCUUUCUCAUCUAGUCUGGGAAGGGCAGCAGACUAAAGCUUCCCCCAGCUUUAGAGAAGGCAGGCCUGCUCAUAUACACAAGUUCACCAUAACUUAACUGUGGUGUGUGGUUUUAGGCUUUCGCCGAUUAGUCUUCCUAAGCAGCUUCUCUAAUUUGCCAGCAAUGAUCUGUUUCCCCCCCUUCCCUUCACAGAUGAUAUCACACUUACUGUGGAUGGCAAGGACACCUAUGAGGAAGUAAAGAAUGCUGGGAGAUACAGGUGAUGCCCUGCUUAGGACUGUUGUUGCCCUGCUCAAAAUCCGUCCCCAUAUCAGAAUAGCGAAACAUUGCCGAGCGGAUCGGUUAAUUUUAUUCAUUGCGUUUGUAGCUUGCUUUCCUUCCAUACAGUUUGAAAUGUGUACAUGUCAAUUCCCAGGUGGCCUCCUGCAGAAAUGCUGGUCAUGCCUGAGCCCAUUUAGCUUCAGUGUCAAUAUUACAUUAGGCUUCUUGGUGCCAUUCCCUUGUCCCCAUAUAAAUGUGGUGUGCUUCAGGGAUAAUCUUGGGGCAGGAAGGAAAUGUGAAUGUGAGUGUAGUGUGAACAUGGUGAGUAGCCAUUGCCAAGGGACCCUAUCUCACUCUGAGCUUGUCUUAUUGCAGGGAAUGUAAGCGCACUCAGGGAGUAUCCACCACAGAUCUGGUUGGCCGCAUGCUGCUCAUGACCAAGGCUCACCACAGCAACAUUGUGAGUCAAUGAAAGAGUUUGAGAGUUUGAGGUGGGGAACGGGGCUUCUUGGCUACACUGACUUACCAAGGCAAUCCGGGCUUUCUGAUCUGAGAUUGCUUCCUGGACAGAUUGUAGCAAGCUCUGCUGCUUGCGUGCGCCAGGACUAGAAGCUGUUUGGCAGAAGCCUUUGAGGCAGCAGGUGCCAAAAGCAAAGAGAAAAAACAUAUGUUUGAUGAAGUGGCCUUUGCAAUCUGCACAGAAUUAUCACUCUUAGUGUUUAGACCAUGUGUACUGUGUUGAUGGACUGGCAAGGAGGGAAGAAAAGGAUUCAGAAGCUGUUCAUGUAGGUCAUCAGAUGGCAGCGAUGGGAUUAGGGAGCAGGGUUUUCAGGUGGAUUGCCUGGAGAAUGGUACAGGACAUCACAGGUCAGGAGUGUGUACAUGUAUAUUUGUGUGUCGGUGUCAGAUUGUUGCCGUUUGCCUUGUGGGCAAGAUGGCUUGUCCUGAAGAUAUACAUGGGGUUGUGGAAUUGAAGCAUUUGAUCUUGAGUUUCACUUUGCAUCUUGAUGUGCGUGGGCUGAAGACGGAAACCAAACACUGUCCCAUUAAGUGUCUGUUUUAGUUUGAACUGAGAGAUUGUCUUCUUUACAUGGAUGUGAAAUGCUUGUACUACCUCCAGUGUCAAGGGGCAGUAUGCUUCCAAAUAUCAAUUGCUGGCAAUCACAGGUGGGGAGAGGGCUGCUGCACUUGCAGGUUUCCCACAGGUAUCUGGCUGGCCACUGUGAAAAACGGACGCUGUACUAGAAGGGCCUUUGGUCUCAUCCAGCAGGACUCCUUUUAUGUACUUAGGGUGGGAAAACUUGAGUGAUGGCAGCUAUUUCCUAUCACAAGGGUGGAGAACCUGUGGCUGGCCUGGUGUUGCUGGGCCAUAAUUCCCAUCAUCUCUUGUCCAUUGGCCUUGCUGGAUGGGGCUGAUGGGAGUUGGAGUCCAACAACCUCUGGAGGGCAAUAAACUUCCCACCCUUGCCAUUUCUGAUCCCUAGCACCCUGUGUUUCCUUCCUUAACUAGAAAGUCGUAUAGGCAUUUUUCCACAUUUCAUUGACAUGCUUGCUUUCUCUCUUAGGAUGAAGACAUGGAUUAUCGGAAGCACACAGAUAACUUUGGGAAAGUGAGUACCAUUUCCAGUGACUGCAAAUGAAGCCUGGGAUGUGAUUCCUGCAUGCUGUGUGGUUUUGCAUUUUUUACUGUGGCUUUUCCCUGCCUGGUUUUACCCUGAGCAGACCUGACUUCAGCAGUGGAGGGUGUGAUGGGAACAGGCAGAAUCUGGGACAAUGUCAUGGUUAAGUAACUACUAGAUACGCAACACACUAUUCACAACAGGGUAAAAUGAAGAUGAAAAAGCCACAGAGAGAAUGGGUGGGACAAGCUGUAGUGGUUUUAUCUCCCAAUCUAGUGAAGGAUUAAAAGACAUGAAUUGCAGCUUUCAUCCUUGUGGGAAUGUUCUGGGGUGCAGGAGAGGAUAUAUUGACUAAUUAUAUCCUUAUCCAACUUGUGCUAACAAGUUCCCAAAAUAUCAGCAGAGUUUAUAAACAUUCCCCUUUAAGUUCGCAACGGUAACGUGUGCACAGGUUCGCUAGAACCUCUAUAAUAAUUACUCUGGUAAUUUCCCCUUUGUUCCCUCUUAAAAUACAAGACACGACACAGUCUUUAUAAAAGUAUAAAAGAGUUUACUCACGUUCUGUUCACAAUAUGAUCCCAGAAGGCAGACAGCUUAAAAGGUUACAUACAUUCAGAAUCUAUCUUGUAGCAAGAUAGUCCUUAUCUCCUCUCUUGGCUGGGAGCCAAGAGAGCACCCUUAGAUGUUUCCUCAUUGAAAGAAAAUGGCAGAGAGAGAGAGAUGGCUGCCUGCCCUGUGCUUUUAUCAUUUACCUGCACAGGUGAGGCCACACCCACCUCUGGUGACUUGCGGAGGAAGUCCGUCCCCAGGAAGUUUACCUGCUUGCUGGACUGACAUCCCUCCCCAUGUUCUAACAUGUACACUCUAGGAAUGUUGUCAUUGACUGCUCCUGUGUUUACAUCCCACAAUCCUGACAAUCGUAGCAGACAUGCAGCUUCAUCUGGUGUGAACUGUUAAUAUGGCCAAGAAAGUAUCUGCUUGUUCAUGCCACUUUAUUUCCUGUUGUUUUGUUGAGAGUUACUUGUGAAAAGAUAAGCUUGUUGGUGUGAACAUCAGCUCAGUGAUCAAGGAGAUUGUUUGGGGUUUUUUGCAGCUGAUUUCUAGUCUCACCAGGACUUCAAUGGAAUAUCUAUUUCAGCCAACUGAAAUACCUUUAGUAUCCGCCAAGUUAUACAGUAGAGUCACGUGGAAGCUUAUUGUGUCUUGGAAAAACUUUGUGCUUUUUUUUCUGGCCUCAGGAAUGUGUGCUUUGGCACCAGCGUUGUAAUGUGUGUAUAUCAGAUUGGUUGACUAAACUAGCUGUAGAAGCAGUACUUAUUGCUGCCGCGUGGUGGAGCUAAACUCUACAAAUAGGUUGUUGAGAUAUCUCAAAUGAGUCAUCGAAGUUUUCUUUUUUACUUUCCAGAUUUCUCCCAGAAAGGGGAAAUCCAGAUCAAAUGGGGUAAAAAUAUGGGCUGGUAUUUUGUCCACAAUAUCACAUGGACACUGAAAAAAACCAAAAACUUUUGUGCAUUGAUCUGGCAGUAAACAUCUGUCUGCAAGCACCUAUUGAUAAAGCUGGGAUGUUGUGUUGACUGUGUGGCAUGCCUGUGCUAGGAGUGUGUUCUCAAUGACAUUUCAGUCUGCUUCUUUCACAACUCAUCCCAACUGAAGCCUGCCAAGGUAUUAAGGUUGUGCUCUUUUCUCCAGUGCCCUAAAAGUCACAGCCCCUGGACCGGAGUUUCCCAGUUUCUGCAGACAUCCCAGAAGAUCAUCCAGUUUGCAUCUGGCAAGGAGCCACAACCAGGAGAUACUAUAAUCUACGUGGCUGGUGCUUUUGACCUCUUUCGUAUCCUGUUUCCUUUUGGGCCGGGUGGAAGGAGGUGUCUGUGAGGCAAAUUACGGGUUCCUGCCACCUUGUGUUUGGUCUUACUGUACCCCAGGUCUCAAAUGGCCCUGCUGUGUUUUGCUUUUGUUUUGUUUUGUUGAAAGUUGUUAAGAAACCCCUAUUCCCCUCCCAGAGUGGUUUAACAAUCAAUCGCUCUUCCCAUGGAACUCUGUGGAUUGUACCACUCUGAGGAGAACAAGUCAGCUAUAGUUGUUCUUGUUUGACUUAGACCUUGCAAGGCAUUGCCACCCCUUCUACAGUUUCUACUGUAGUAGAGAGUGCAUUUUGGGCCCAGGUUCCUUACUGAUGUGCCAGAAAUACAGUCAGCUCAAAACAUAGGCUUUUGCACUUCCUCUUUAAAACCAUAUGUGUUAAGAAUUUUCUGCUGUGAUAGCCAAACUAGCCCAGGAGUCUUUGAGUUAUAAACUCUAACAACCAUCUUCGAAGAAGCUGAACUCUGCCUGGGUCAUCCUGUAUCACGCAUUCCAAUGCAUCCCAGUCUGUUACAUUUCAGCUGCUGCCGCUACAAUGGCUGAGUGAAAGGCACAUGAACAAUAAAGGAUGUGUACAGACAUGCCUUAAACAGGGCUUUCCAUGUUUCCCCCUCCCAUAAAGGAAACCCACCUUUCCCUGACCUUCACUUUGCAUUUGAUAGACCUACGCAUCCAUGAUUCAUCUGCUGGUCUCAGCCACCUGUCUUUGCUUGUCAGUCUUCAGUCAUUGCAGGCAACAUUUGUUGCUUUAUUAGUAUUUUUUAAAGGAAAAACACAUUUUAAAAGAGUUACAAGGUCACUCUGAAGUUAUAGGUCACAAGUGCCAAACCACCAGUGCUGUGCCGGAAGAUUUUUUAUGUCAACUGUAGAAUUGGUUUCCCUUGCGCUUGACCCUGAUAUAGCGUAUUGGAAGUCUGUAAACAAUGUGGUAAGUUCACUUCCACAGCUACUCAGUUGCUCCAGCGCUGAGUGUCUGUGUGCAUCCAAACCAUAGUAACUCAGAUUGUCACAGCGGUUGCUGAGACUACCAGGAAAAGAAGCAUAGAGUCUAUGAGAAGCAAACAGAAAGUCGCUACUUCUCAUUCUGUGCCACAGGCUUUUAUCCUUAAUACAUACACUCUCCAGAUGUUGGUCAUGUGGACUUCCUGGAGAAAGCGCACCAGAUAGCAAAGCGACCUUAUAUAAUUGUGGGGCUACAUUUUGACCAGGUGGGUAUCAGCAUCACACUGCCCAGGCAGGGUUGGUCAUUUGUUCCUUCUCAUCUCAGCUGGGAGGGAGGGAGGGGUGGGAAUGCAAAACUUCCACUUGUGCUGAUUGUCAUAUUUUAAUCGUAGGAGGUGAAUCUGUACAAAGGCAAGAACUAUCCAAUCAUGAAUGUGCAUGAACGAACCCUCAGUGUUCUAGCCUGCAGGGUGAGUGUUAGAUGAAAUCUUCCUCUUACAACUAGGACAUGGUCAGAAUGAGCCAGAUAAAGCCGAGCACAUCUGGCUGUGGUAGACCACCUGGUAAGCUUAAAAAUGUCACUGGAAGGUGCCUGAUACACAGAGUUCAGUAACUGAAACAGCCAUUGGCAGAUGUGGGAAUCCAGAGUGACUGUUGUCUUCUCUCCCUCCCCCCUCCUCUUAGUAUGUUUCUGAGGUGGUGAUUGGAGCCCCCUAUUCCAUCACUGCUGAUCUGCUGGAUCAUUUUAAGGUGAGUAUAGUUCCAUUGAUUGAUUGAUUGUGUUUGUGUGAUUUCUACUAACUGGGGCAGGGAGUGUAUGCUCUUGGGAACCUGUUGUUAAAAGGAAGUAUCUAUACACACCUGUAAAUUAGUUUGGCCGGAGAACAUGCUGGGGCACAUGGGGAAAGGGGAACGAAUGCAUGUAUUUCUAGCAGCAAUUACUCUGUAGCAUCUCCUCUGGUUCUGAAAAGCUAUCAUCUGUACCCAGCCUGACUAUUGUUCCCUAUUUGAUGAGGGGUGGGCUGCACUACCAGGAUGCUUGUGAGGAAGAGAACACAUUAACGAUUGUACCAAUAUGUUUUGGAUCAGCCAUGGAGGUAACUGCCUAUAUUUUUGUGGGUGAGUUGCUGGCAGUUGUCUCCCUUCAUACUGUACCUGUGGUAGACAAGCGCUUGAGAGAUAUGUCCCUUUGCUUCUGAAGUUUCACAGGUAGCCACAUCAUACUGUAGGGGAGCCUGCGAGCGAAGGCGAUAGUGACUAUUGCUGUUUCUCUGCAGGUAGACUUUGUGUGCCAUGGAAUGACAGAGGUGGUACCAGACAAGAAUGGGUCAGAUCCAUAUGAGGUAAGCAGAAAACUCCUUCCUGGUUAGUGCUGAUUUCAUGCCAUCUAUUGCCCAAACCACAGUGCAUGGCAGAGAAUUGGGUUCCCUUCUGGAGGGCAGUUUUUGAAAAAUGAGUAUGUGGGUAACUGGGUAAUAAGGCUUGUCCUGUCAUUUGUGUGACCAAGUGGCAAGCCUCUCCUUGCUGUGGGAAAGUUCAGUUCUGUUCCUUCCUUGAAUGCACUUGAGUUGUCAGCUUUUCCUGCAGCUGUGGCGCAUAUUGGGCAUUCAGAAACUAUUUUGGCAAAUGCCUGUUGUUAACUUCUUUGGAAUGCCUCUAAAGAGCCAUUGCCUUGUGUCCUCUCAUCUCUCUUCCCCAUAUUUGCAGGAACCCAAGAAGCGUAAUAUCUUCCGGCUGGUCGACAGUGGCAACAAUCUCACAACAGAUCUGAUAGUGAAAAGAAUAAUCAAAAACAGGUUGGCUGACCUUGACUUUGGUUCACUUGGGCACAAUAAGGCCUAGAUUCUACUGUGCUGUAACUCCUUGCUUAUCUUUCUUUUAUUUUGAAGUCCCGUACAGUGCUAGUCAUAUUACAGACUAAACACAAAUUCACAGAUGGGAAUAGCUAAAAUACUUUCCAACAUCCCUGAAGAUGAAAUUUCAACAGUUUCAUUUCAAUGUUCAAAACCUACAAGAAGUGUGGUGCUUGGAACAAAGAUUUUGUGCUCUGCACUCUUGUUGCCUCCCCAUAGUUUCAAGUCUACAACUAUCCACUGCCUGAUAUUCUAGUUGCUGUGCCCUCUGUCAGUUUUGACAGUACUAGCACAUUCUGAAUUCUUUGAAAACAGAUAUGGCAACCAGAAUUUAUUAUGCAAGUAUGAGUAAGCCAUUGGUGUGUGCAUAAUAGUUACCUGGAGCACUGCAUUUGCUGUUUUAAGGACUGUCUUGGCAAGGGAGAGCUUUUGUACCAAGCAGUCUGCUGCGAUACUGGAUUCUGUCUGAUGCUGCUGCCAUGCCGUUUGAAGAAGCAUGAGCGAAUCCGUUGUCCUUGCCCACACAAUUCUCAUAGUGGUUAGACUAUGUCUGUUCCCAUGAUGGUUCCUGAGCUCUGAACAGACUUUUCCGGGCACCUUUAAUUAAGAAUGUUGAAUCCCUGAAGCCAUUGGGUCCUCAGCUAGAGUCUUCCACAUGGCUGCCUUAGAUGGUUUACUUGUCCAGAGCCUCUCCUAGGAGGGAUCAGUGUUGAAGCAGCAGAAGUGAGUGGCUUAGCAGAGUAGUAUUUUUUCUGUCUCGGCUGUUUGGAGCGUCUCCACCCCCAUCGUUCAGCCUGGACACAGAGAUCCAGCACUGAGGGUCUUCUGGCAGUUCCCUCACUGUGAGAAGUGAAGCUACAGGGAGCCAGGCAGAGGGCAUUCUUGGUGGUGGCAACCUGGAACGCCCUCCCAUCAGAUGUCAAAGAGAUGAGUAACUAUAUAACCUUUAGAAGACAUCUGAAGGCAGCCCUGUAUAGGGGAGCUUUUUAAUGUGCAAUGUUUUAUUAUGUUUUUAUACAUGUUGGAAGCCACCCGGUGUGGCUGGGGCAACCCAGUCAGAUGGGUGGGGGUACAAAUAAUAAAAUCAUUGUCCUUACAAUUGAAAGAGCACAGUGGACUUAAACAUUCCAUGCUGAUACAGAUUUCUCGAUUGUUGCAGGUUGGAGUUUGAAGCCCGGAACCAAAAGAAAGAAGCAAAAGAAUUGGCUGUGCUGGAGGCCAUGAAGAGAAGAGAGGAGGAAGGGGCCCUGGGGAAGGCAGGCCAGGAAGAUCAUGAGAGCUAGCAUGGGGAACGGUGUAGCAGAAUCCUUCCCUCCUGGAGCGGCAAUAUUUUCCUGGAGGAUAGGAUACUGCUGCCAGCCUUAGGAAGGCCUGCGGUAACAAUUCUCCCGUGUGUGGGGAAGAUCCCGGAUGCUGCUAUCUAGUUAGCCCAGGCCCACUCCCAUGGGAAGAUUUUAACAUUGCCCUCUCAAUAGCAGGUUUCAAUUCUAAUGAAUGUUUGCAACAUGGUGUGAUUUCACCUGACAUAUUGGAGCUGGGGAGUCAGGGUUAUCUCUGCUCAACUUCUUAUUGAGUCUCUGCAUGUCGGAGCAUCUCUCUGAUUUCUGCCUGCCAGAGACAAUUUUUUAAUCUUUAAAACCGUCCUUUCUGGUCUGGCUCAUUGCUUACAGCAUUAAUAGGAUCCCAGAGCAUUCGCUCAACAGCAGUGCUUGCUGGAGUUGGGCUCCAAGCCAGACUGACCACUACAUUUCCUAGCUUGGGCACAAAGGGUUCUCUAAGUGGCCUGUUGCUGCUUGCACACACUGCCUUGCAUCUGGUACCUACAAAAUACUUCCAAGCUGUAACAGUGGAUGGAGCUUAGGCAAGUCCCAGAGUUCCCCGGUGGUAGACAGUGGCCCUCACUGCUCUGUACUCAGACAUGUGUGUUUAGGCCUAUGGCCAAGCAAGAGAUUGGUGGCACUGCAAUUCUCAAUGUUCCCACAAAACACAAAUACCGCAUAGAUCUUCAGAAUGUGCUUGGAGCUCCAUCCUAAAGCCCCAGUGCGUUGCUUCACAACCAGGGCUUCAUUCUCAUCCAUAUGGGCCUUGUGGUUCUUGUGCAGAGAGAUGGAGACAUCAGAUACAUUGAGCCCAGUAUACUGUGUAUUGUAUUUAAAAUGCUUUGUGCUGCUAAAGUUGAAUGCUUUGUGGUGAGAUCUAAGUGCAGAUCACUGUCUGAGGCAUCUUUUCAUGCGUAGUGGGAAACACAUGUGACCAUGGGGCUCUUCCCUGUCCAGGCAGGCUCUGUGUCUUUUCUAUCUCUCUUGUACAAUUUCAGCAGUGGAAAUUAAUAAAAUGUUGAUGACUUA